UCUGUGCCUUAGAAGUUCACUCUGAAGUGAAACAGUAAAGUCACCAUCGACAAUGAAGUGGUUCAUGGUUCUGUCUGCCCUGGUGGCUCUCUCUGAAUGUACCUAUAGAAUUCCGUUGAUCAAGGGUAAGACUGCCAGAGAGAGCCUGCAGGAGAAAGGUCUGUGGGAUCAUUUCAGGAGGACACAUCCAUACAAACCACUCAGCAAAUUCAUCCAGGAUGGGACUGAGUCUAUGACCAACGAUGCUGACUUGUCCUACUUUGGCGUGAUCUCCAUUGGUAACCCUCCACAGUCCUUCUCCGUCAUCUUUGACACAGGAUCCUCCAACUUGUGGGUGCCUUCUGUCUACUGCAGCGACCAGGCCUGCGAAAACCACAAGAGAUUCAAUCCACAACAGUCUUCUACCUUCAAAUGGGGCCAGCAGUCUCUGCAAAUCCAAUAUGGUACAGGCUAUAUGCAAGGAUAUCUGGGGAGUGACAACGUAGAGGUGGGCGGCCUUACUGUGGCCAACCAGGUGUUUGGAAUCAGUACGUCAGAAGCUACCUUUAUGGCCUACAUGCACGCUGAUGGCAUCCUGGGACUGGCCUUCCAGUCCAUUGCUGCAGAUAAUGUGGUUCCUGUUUUUGACAAUAUGGUCAAGCAGGGUCUGGUGCCCCAGUCUCUUUUCUCAGUCUACCUAAGCAGUAACAGUGAGCAGGGCAGUGAGAUUGUCUUUGGGGGGAUUGACAGCAGCCACUACACCGGACAAAUCACCUGGCUCCCUUUGACCUCUGCCACUUACUAUCAGGUCCAAAUGGACAGUGUCACUAUCAACGGACAGAUUGUGGCAUGUUCUGGAGGCUGUCAGGCCAUCAUUGACACCGGUACCUCCCUGAUUGUUGGCCCAAACACGGAAAUCAACAACAUGAACUCUUGGGUUGGAGCAGCAAUGAAUCAAUAUGGAGAAGCUACAGUGAACUGCCAGAGCAUCCAGACCAUGCCUGAAGUGACCUUCACUCUCAAUGGACAGGCCUUCACUAUACCAGCAUAUGUCUACGUCUCUGAGAACUACCAGACCUGUCAGACUGGCUUUGGACAAGGUGGUUCAAGCCAACUCUGGAUCCUUGGAGAUGUGUUCAUCAGGCAAUUCUAUGCCAUCUUUGAUACCCAGAAUAAGAAAGUUGGUCUGGCGAAUAUUGCAUAAUCAAAUAAUACACGUAAUGAAACUAUAUAAAUGAAACAAUAAAUGACACAAUAAGUCAAUAAAUAAACAAAAUUGACGGAACACACAGGAGCUACUUUUCAAAGAUUAAAUUCCAGCAACUUAUAAUCGUCUUGUGUACUUGCUUUCAUAUGUGUCUGACUGUGAUUUCUACAUGAAUUAGUCUGUAAAACUCUCUCCAAAAUGCAAAAA